AUGACUAUCUAUAUUUAUUUUUUAGUUUGUAUAUUCCAAUAUUUUUACAGUAUAAAUUUUGAAAUUGGAAAGAAUAACUUAAAAACAGAAUUAUGUCUCAGAAGUGGAAGAAUUUUAUCAGAAAAGCAACAAGGAACAAGAAGUAGAAAUGUAAGAUCAACCAGGGAUAUUAAAAGCAAUUUGAAAUUUUGGUUAGAUACUAUUGAAGAAGGUUUAUUUGAUGAAAUAGAAAAAUUAACUAAUAAUUUUACAGUUAGCAAUGUUAGGAAUUUUUCACAAUGGAUGAACCAUAAAAGCAAUAUUAUUACGAGAGCAUUAAAUAGAAUACCAGAUCCUACAGCUAAGAAAUUUUUAAAUGAGACCUUAACAUCAUGGAGAAAACUUACAGAUGAUAUUAUACUAAAUCAAAUAUCAGAUACAUAUAUCGAUAGAUAUUUUCCAAGUAAUUUUACAAAUUUGAAUGGUUCAUCAUCUCCAUCUGCAUUAUCAUCUGCUUCACCAUCUACCUCUACUUUAUCAUCCGUAUCUGCCGCAUCAUCUAACUCUACUUCAUUUUCUUCACCUACUCAAUUACCUAGCUUAACUACAUUGUCCAUAUUUAAUUCAUCACCAGAAUCAACCGUAUCUCCUACAACUACUUUUCCAUCUACACUUGAUUUAUCACCUACAACUUCAUCUAAUUCUCAUAUUCAUACUACUACCUCUUCUACAAAUGAUACAAGUGAUUUACCUACUCUUCAUUCUACAAAUGAAACAAAUAGUACAGCUGCGUUAACGAUUAAUUCAGCCUCAGUAAUCCCUGUAAAUAAUAGUGGGGGUUUAACUAGUACAACAUGCACAGGAUUAUUAUGUUCACCAGCUUUUGUUGCUCUUCCUGUUUCUGUUGCUCUUCUUGGGGGAGUUUUAUUUUUUGUUCUUCUUUAUAAGUAUACUCCUGUUGGAAAAUUUCUUGGAAGAGAUAAUCCAAAAAAAAAAAAAGGAAAAAAAAGAUUGCAUGAAAUACCUAUGGAAAGAAUAAAUUCUCCUAAAUUAUUAAAAGCAAAAAAAACGGAAAAUGUAAAGAGAAGCAGAUUAGAUAGUUUUCUCCGUGCAUUUGGUUACAACAAGAAAUUUCCCUAUAUAGAUGAAGAUGUAACCUCAGAUCAAGUAAUAUAA